UUCUCACUGUCCGACGGCUGUUGGGAUGUACAGUAUAUGAGCCAAAUCAAAGCAUUUUCGCAAUUCUAACAAUUAAACCACGUUUGUAUAAUUGGACGCGUACUGUAGGUAUCGUUUCCUCUUUCAGUGGAAAACGUUUUGUUUCACCAUUUUCCGGAUAAACUUAUUUUCGUCAACCUGCAGUUUUUGGAUCAUUCAUCAUUCACUAGUGAGGACCAUUCAAUUGUGAGGAGCGAAACAUUUAAAGGAUCCAUGAGCCCGAAUAGGACGAAAACCCUCGCAUAGAAUAGGUGUAGCUUCCACCCAAGAUGGCCGCCUCCUCCUUCCUGUGGCACUACGCGACUAUCCUGCUGGCGGUGAUGUGCUGCUUCUUGCCCCGCUCCACUUCCUCCCUCAAUCUGGAGGACCCCAAUGUCUGCAGCCACUGGGAGAGCUACUCAGUCACCGUCCAGGAGUCGUACGCCCACCCCUUUGAUCAGAUUUAUUACACCAGCUGCUCCGACAUCCUCAACUGGUUCAAGUGCACGCGGCACAGGGUGAGCUAUCGGACAGCCUACCGCAGAGGAGAGAAAACUAUGUACCGCCGCAAGUCUCAGUGUUGCCCCGGAUUCUACGAGAGCAGGGAGAUGUGUGUCCCCCACUGUGCCGAGAAGUGUGUUCAUGGCCGCUGUGUAGCCCCCAGCACCUGCCAGUGUGAGCCCGGCUGGGGGGGCCCCGACUGCUCCAGUGCGUGUGACAGCAACCACUGGGGUCCCCACUGCAGUAACCGCUGCCAGUGUCAGAACAGUGCACUGUGUAACCCCAUCACGGGCGCCUGUAUCUGCCAGCCCGGGUACAGGGGCUGGCGCUGCGAAGAGGUCUGCGAGGCGGGCACCUAUGGCAACGGGUGCCAACAGAAGUGCCUGUGCCAAAAUGGAGCAGCGUGCCACCACGUGACCGGGGAGUGCAAGUGUUCACCCGGAUACACCGGUGCCUUUUGUGAGGACCUGUGCCCACCAGGGAAGCAUGGACAGCAGUGUGAGGAGAGAUGCCCUUGCCAGAAUGGAGGAGUGUGCCACCAUGUCACUGGAGAGUGCUCCUGCCCCGCUGGAUGGAUGGGUACAGUGUGUGGCCAGCCGUGUCCGGAGGGGCGCUUCGGGAGGAACUGUUCCCAGGAGUGUCAGUGUCACAACGGGGGGAUGUGUGUAUCCUCCAGCGGACAGUGUCUGUGCAGUCCAGGCUACACCGGAGAACGGUGCCAGGAAGAGUGUCCGGUGGGUACUUUUGGCGUGUCCUGUCGCCAGACGUGUCGCUGUGAGAACGGAGCCAAGUGCUACCACAUCAGUGGCGCGUGUCUGUGUGAACCGGGCUACACGGGGGAGAUGUGCGAGGUGCGCCUCUGUCCCGAGGGACACUAUGGCCUCAAGUGUGACAAGAGGUGUCCCUGCCACGCCGAGAACACAUGCAGCUGCCACCCGAUGUCUGGCGAGUGCUCGUGCCAGCCUGGCUGGUCGGGGACGUACUGUAAUGAGACGUGUACACCAGGCUUCUUCGGCGAGUCGUGCCAGCAAGUGUGCCAAUGCCAGAAUGGUGCCGACUGCCACAGUGUGACCGGGGAGUGCAUCUGCGCUCCUGGCUUCAAGGGGUCCGACUGUUCCACAGCCUGCCCAUCAGGGACCCACGGGAUCAACUGCUCUGCCAUGUGUGGCUGUAAGAAUGGGGCACAGUGCUCUUCAGUGGAUGGAGCCUGCUCCUGUAAAGCAGGUUGGCACGGAGUGCACUGCUCCAUCAACUGCCCCAGUGGCACAUGGGGGCUGGGGUGUAACCUCACCUGCAUGUGUGGUAACGGGGGCGCCUGCAACGCCCUCAACGGACAGUGCACCUGUGCCCCCGGCUGGAGGGGUGAGAGGUGUGACCUCCACUGCCAGGAUGGCACCUAUGGCAUGGACUGUAGGGAGCGCUGUGACUGUAGCCAUGCCGACGGGUGCCACCCCUCCACGGGGUACUGUCGCUGCCUGGCUGGAUGGACAGGUAUCCACUGUGACAGUGUGUGUGCCGAGGGCCGCUGGGGGCCAAACUGUUCCCUCCCUUGCAACUGUAAGAACGGGGCCUCCUGUUCUCCUGACGAGGGCACCUGUGAGUGUGCGCCUGGGUUUCGGGGCACCACCUGCCAGCGCAUCUGUUCACCAGGCUACUAUGGCCACCGCUGCAGCCAGGCCUGUCCCCAGUGUGUCCACAGCAUUGGACCUUGCCACCAUGUCUCUGGCCAGUGUGACUGCCUCCCAGGGUUCAAGGGAGCCCUCUGUAACGAAGUGUGCCCCAGCGGUAAGUUUGGGAAGAACUGUGCGUGGGGGUGCACCUGCACCAACAACGGAACCUGUAACCCCAUCGACGGCUCGUGCCAGUGUUACCCCGGCUGGAUUGGAAGCGACUGUUCACAACCUUGUCCCCCUGGUCAGUGGGGGCCCAACUGUAUCCACACAUGUAACUGUCACAACGGGGCCUACUGCAGUGCCUAUGACGGGGAGUGCAAGUGUACCCCGGGCUGGACGGGCCUCUACUGUACACAACGCUGUCCAUUGGGCUUCUAUGGUAAGGACUGUUCCCAGACCUGCCAAUGUAAGAACGGAGCCGACUGUGACCACAUCUCUGGCCAUUGUACCUGCCGGACCGGCUUCAUGGGACGCCACUGUGAGCAAAAAUGCCCCCCUGGUUCCUAUGGUUACGGCUGUCGUCAGGUUUGCGACUGUCUGAACAACUCCACCUGUGACCACAUGACGGGUACUUGCUACUGCAACCCCGGCUGGAAGGGGGUGAGGUGUGACCAAGCUGGGGUGGUGAUGGUGGGAAACUCCAACAGCCUGACUAGCGCUGCAGUGCCUGUGGACUCCUACCAGAUCGGCGUCAUUGCGGGCAUCAUCAUCCUGGUGUUGUUGGUGCUGUUCCUUCUCCUCCUCUUCAUUGUGUACAGGAAGAAGCAGAAGGGCAAGGAGACCACUAUGCCUGCUGUCACCUACACACCCACCAUCCGCGUCGCCGCCGACUACGCCGUCGCCGAUGCAGCGCACCCACAAACGAGUCAGACACCCAGACAUCCCAACAGACAUCCCAACAGCAACUACUUCUCUAACCCCAGUUACCACACUCUGACCCAGUGCACUAGUCCCCCACAUGUCAACAACCUACCCUACGGAAAGGCUAAGAACAACCAGUUGUUUGUGAACCUGAAGAACGUGGACCAGAGGAAGAGGCUUCCCAUAGCGGACCACACUGGAACCCUGCCUGCCGACUGGAAACAGGGGGGCUGCUUUAAUGAGCUGGGAGCUUACGGAGUGGACCGACGAUACAUGGGGAAAUCCCUGAGAGACCUGGUGAAGGGAACGCCCUAUCACGCCAGCUCCUGCUCCCUCAACAGCUCAGAGAAUCCCUACGCCACCAUCAAGGACCCACCCCUCCUGAUGCCCAAAGUAGAGUGUGGCUACGUUGAGAUGAAGUCACCCGCACGGCGAGACUCGCCCUAUGCUGAAAUCAACAACACCAGUCCAACAAAUAAGAACGUCUACGAAGUCGAACCCACUGUCAACGCCAUUCACUCACCUGGGAACAGCAACGGUCACGGCCCCUUUGGCCAGGACCCGUACGACCUACCAAAAAACAGCCACAUCCCCUGUCACUAUGAUCUCCUGCCCACGCGGGACAGCCCCCCGUCACCCCACAAGGAACUAGACAGCGAAUGAGCUACCAGAGAAUCCCGCCACUAGGAGUUGGACAAGCGAAUGUGCUUCCAGAGACUCAACAAGGACCCCACCCCCUCUACCCAUGGCUCAGCUAAUGAAUGCUCCUCAUUUGCUGGCAUACUGUAUGCUCAUUCGCUGCACCAUUGUUUUCUUGCAUUUGUUUUUUUAUUAUCACUAUAAUCAUUCUUAAUCACGUUUUUUUCCGGAGAGAGGAACUCUUAUGUUGCCUCAAGUGUCACAUUCACCAUUUUCUUUAUCAAUGUAGACAUGACUGUUAUUUGUGAAAAGUUUGGUAUUUUGAGGUGCUUGAGUAAUAUUGAUAUGCAGCUUUUGACAGAUUUUCCUAUAUGAAUUGUUCAAUAAAUCAUUUCAAUCACCGGGGACUCAUCACCUGCCUUUUAAAAUCUAUAGUAUACAAAACAAACCUCAAUGUAUUAUUGUAACGAUGAAAGUGAACUUUAACAGUAUUAGGAAUCCGCUAAUUAACCAGUUACCAGUAUUUUAGCCAUUUUUUUAUUUUCUUUUCCCCCCCUUUGUUUUUUGUUUAUUAGUACUGUACAAUUGAGCAUUGUUGUUUUUGUUUAUUAGUACUGUACGAUUGAGCAUUGUUGUUUGUUUGUUUAUUAGUACUGUACGAUUGAGCAUUGUUGUUUGUUUGUUAGACAAUGUAACUGUUAUUGUUGUUGACAAAUCUUAAUCUUUUUUUAGUCUGACAUCAAUACUAAAGUAACCAAAGGUUUAAGUGCCAUAGUAAGUCAUAGUAAAGCUUUUCUUUUAAGUUCCUUUUGCUCUUUUAGUGGUGGAUUAUGAGCAAAUAGUUGAAUUGUGGCAAGCAUUCAAUCACACAGUUUGAGGUCUAUUACUAUAAGCAGUUAGAGUUUUGUGUCAGUUACUGUUGUGAGAACAAGUUUAAAUGUAUUGCCAUAAUACUUUCAUGACACUUCAUAAGAAUGACAUAAAGCCUGUUAUAACCUCCUGGAAGGUCAUACAACUGACUGCAGAACACCGUAACAUUCCAUGUCAGCAUUAUGUCAAUUCAAUUGUGAAAAAGAGCGGGGUUUUAUUCCUGGUUAUGAAGGCAUGUUGAAGGAGGACCACUAAAAUAUCUCCAGAUUAUUAAAUAUCUCCAAUAUUAGAUAAUUAGAUAGAAUAUGAGUUCAUUGGCAAUUACCUGUGAAAUUGUGUUUAGACUUUUAAUCAAAUUUAGAACAGAAAAACUAUUAAUAUGAUGUACUCUGUUGUUAAAGUAUGUAAUAGUAAUUGAACUUUUAUGCAGUGCAAUUAAAAGGGCUCAGUAUCAUUUAAAAAAAUAUAUAAUAAUAAUAAAUAAUUUGUAGUAAUAAUGCAUAAGCUGGACUUUUGCAUCGCAAUGAAAUGAAAGACCUCAUCAAAAAAACAAUAUAAUGAGACCAAUUCAAGAUUCACAUGAAGUACUGUAUAAGCCUACAUUUCCAGAAAAUACUGUAUAGGCCUAUAUUUCCAUAAAUACUGGAUUUGUUCAACAUUAGAUUUAGAAGUCUUUGUGUAUUCUGCAUGUCUGUUCACGCAUUAUGAAUGGCCUAAAAGACAGCCACAAGUCUUAAACUAUUCUGAGCCAGAUAUGAAAUGUAUUUGUACAAAAAUGAUGUAUAUAGCUGUAAUCACUUGAAAACGAGAAGUGAUGUUUGGUGUUGAUGUAAAAAAAAUAAAUCAACAACACACCAUGCCUUCCUUUUUGUAUGUUAUUAAUAUAUCACACCCUGUGCUCCGUUCUUCGAGGUCCAAUCAGAAUAGCAUAAAUAUCAAACUGUAGAUAAGACUAUAUUUCACUAAAUUAUUUUCAUUACAAAGAAUUCCAUAAUAAUUCAAUCCCUGUUCUCUUACAAAUGACAAGUUUCACAAGGAAACAACAUAACAGUUUGACUGUGACUUGACAUUGGUUUAUUGAAGGCUGACAAAACUCUAGUCACUUAAACAAUAUAUUGUUUUUAUACCAUUAAUUGUUUAUAAUGCGUUAUAAAUAACAUGUCACUAAAAAACAAUACAAUUCAGGAUUAGUGUUAUUGAAAAUGUAGGCUAUUGAUAUUUUGUUCAGACAAAUUGGAGCCGUGUAAAUCUAAAUGUAUAUACACAUAUUUUUGCUCGUUUGUUUUCAAUCACCCUAUUCUACUUAGACUUUUUCUAAGAGUUUCACACUUAUUUUUCCUCCCCAAAGAAAUCUCAUGACAAGGAUUUAAUUUUAAUACCACUUGUUAUACCUGCUCAAUAUUGCAUUUUGUCUCUUUUUUGUUUUUUAAUAGGUUACAUGUACUGUAUUUGCAAAUGCUUUUCAAUAAAAUGACAAAAAUGUGACCUGCGUUCAUGGCACAUAAAUUAAUGAUUCAUAGGCUAACAAAAAAAAGUGAGAAGUGAUGAAGAUGUCAUCACCCGGGGACACAGGACACAAUUACAGAGUUUCUAACCCAAUAUUGUACUGUCUUUGACACAAAGUUUUGGAACGGUCAGUGCUAUCUGGGAUCCUCGGGAGGUCCUAACCCUAACCUCUACCCGAGUCCCGAUUUU